UCUUCUCACCGUAACUCAGCUGAACUCACAUCUCCCUUCAACAUGUCCUACAGCUGCUGCUCUGGAAACUUCUCCUCCCGCUCCCUUGGGGGCUACCUGCGCUACCCAAGCUUCUCCUGUGGCUCUUCCUACCCCAGCAACCUGGUCUACCGCACUGACCUCUGCUCUCCCAGCACCUGCCAGCUGGGCUCCUCCCUCUACAGCGGCUGUCAGGAGACCUGCUGUGAGCCCACCAGCUGCCAGACGUCCUGCGUGGUGUCCAGCCCCUGCCAGACGUCCUGCUCCCUCCCGAGGACCUCCACGUUCUGCAGCCCCUGCUGGACUGCUUACCCUGGGUCUGUGGGCUUUGGGUCCAGAAGCUGCUACUCACUGGGCUAUGGAUCCCAGGGCUUCAGGCCUCUGGGUUAUAGAGUCUGUGGUUUCCCUUCCCUGAGCUAUGGAUCCAGUUUCUGUCGCCAAUCUAUUUUCCUUUGAGAAGUUUCCAUCCAU